AUGGAAACUGGGAAGCAACCACUCCCUGUGCCGUCAUAUGCGGCGAUCUUAACUGGAAAAUCCCAGGGUGAUUCUAAAGACGCUGGAACACAAGGUAAUAUUGAGGAGGAAAUCGACCUCUCUGAUGACGAUAUUAUCACCGAAACUCGUUAUGGAUUGCCUGCUAUCCAAUUAUCAUACAGGGUGUACAAACUCAUGGAAUCAAGCAUGGCCAGAAUGGUUAUUCUCAAGUUACUGGAGAGGAAUAUCGACCUCAACGCUCUUAACAACAAAACUUAUGCUUUAUGGCAUCCAUCUCAAUCAUUCAAUCUUACGGAUUUAGAGAUUGGUUAUUUUCACGCACGCUUCCAAAACGACGAUGAUUAUACCAAAGUGCUCGCCGAAGGAUCAUGGAUUAUCUAUGGCCAAUACUUAACGGUUAAACCAUGGAAUAUGGAAUUUCACACAUCUCAAUCGUAUCCUACGACGAUCGUGACCUGGAUAAGAUUUUCGGGGUUACCGAAGUACUUGUAUAGCAAAAAGUUUCCAAGUAGUAUCGGCAACCUCGUUAGGAAGGUGGCUAAGCUAGACUUCCAUAAAAGAACCAAUAAUAGGCGUAAAUUCGCUGGAGUAGUAGUUUACAUUGAUCUUACACGACCGAAGAUCUCUAAGGUGGUCGUUGGAAAUAAAAUUCAAACUGUCGAGUAUGAGAAUCUUCCUCUCAUAUGCUUCGUCUGUGAAGAUUCGGACAUAUGA